CUUUAAAGAAAGGCAGAGGGUGAAAGGAAGCGGGAGAGGAGAAGAAAGAGAAGCCGGGCGGCGAGGCGCCGUCCAAUGACAAAGCCCAGGGGUGGGCGCCGGCCGCCAUCUUGCACCGGCGGCGGGAUCGCCCGCGUCCUCCGCCCUCGGAGGGGGAGGGGCGGCGGCCGAGGCGAGAAAAGUAGCGACAGGCGCGCCGGGCGGUAGGCGCCUUCAGCGGCCGCCGCCGCGGAGCCGGCCGGGCGCGGGGGGAGGCGGCGGCGGGGCCCGGCGGGCGCAGGCGGCCCCGAGCGGCCUCCGAUGCGGCGCUCCGGGAAGAGGCGGCGGCCCCCGGCGGCCCCGGCCUCGGCCUUCCGGGGCGGCGGCGGGAGGGCCGGGGCCGGGCUGGCGGCGCAGGAGGAGAAGGUGGUGCACUCGCGCUCGCAGCUGUCGCUGGCCGACACCACCAAGGCGCUGGGCGAAGCCUUCAAGCUGUUCAUGCCCCGCAGCACGGAGUUCAUGAGCUCGGACGCGGAGCUCUGGGGCUUCCUGUGCAGCCUCAAGCACCAGUUCUCCCCGCACAUCCUGCGCAGCAAGGACGUCUACGGCUACGCCUCCUGCCGGGCCCUGGUGCCCGACCCCCCAGCGCCCCGGGCGCGCAGGCCGGCGCGGGGCCGCGCGGCCCGGAGGGCGGCCCGGAGGAGGCGCCGCGGAGUCCGGGCGGCCGCCGCCCGCAGGAGGAAGAAGCCGCCGCCGCCCCCGCCGCCCCCGCCGGCGCCCGGGGAGACCCGCGCCGCGGAGCCCGGGCCCCUCGGCGCCUGCUUCGGCGGCCGCACCCUGGAGGAGAUCUGGAGGGCGGCCACCCCGACGCUGACCAGCUUCCCCACCAUCCGCGUCGGCGGCGACGUGUGGGGCGAGCGCAGCCUGGCGGCCGUGCGGCGCCGGGCGCGCCAGGUCCUGCGCGUGAACCUGGAGCCCGUGGUGAGGCUCCGCCGCUUCCCGGUGCCUCGGGCGUGAGCGGCAGCCGCCCGCCCCCGGACGGAGCCCCGCCGGGAGGGACGAACAGGUGUCAGUCGAGUGUUUACAGAUGCGGCCGGACUCGGGCCCCUUGUGCACUUUACGGGCGAAGCAGCCGCCGGAGGUGCGCCCUGGACGCGGCGCCGCCGUCUGGGACCCCGGGCUGUGCGCCCUCCGCUGCCCCUCGGCGCCCGGUCUGCGGGGGGAGGAGGCCGCUGGACCCUCCGAAGGGCCCCCCUUCCUUCUCCCCCCGACGGGGACGUCCCCGGGACCGCGGGGCAGGCCCCUCCUCUCCCCUUCGGACUCUACCUCACCGGUCUGGAAGCCCUCCGAAGAGUCAUUCUUUUUCCAAAGGAAUUUGGUUCCGCGCUCGUGUCAUAAGUCAGAACCCACUUGCUUUGGACACCCCUCCUCCUCCUCCUCGAUACCUCCCCCCCUUUCCGUUUUGCCUGCCACCCCUCUCUCCGGACGACCGGUCGGCCGUGUUUCGUGGUGGUGCACUCGCUCGUGCUCAGGGUAUUCCGACUCCCGCUCGGUUCCCGGUGUGGACUGGAUUCCAGCGCUCUGACCAAGGAUGUUUUCCAAGCGACACCAGCUUGUGACGGACUCUUCCUCGUGCAAGGAUUUGUACGGCUUUGAUGGCACGCAAAGAGAUGCAAAAUGCAACUGUGUUGGUUAUUUUAAGGUGUUUCUAAAGAUUUUUCUAUUGACAAAGUUUAUAUUUACUGAGCUUCUAAAGAAAAUGGUAGAAACUCAAAAGUUUUGUUUAGGGAAAGUUGACUUGUUAAAAAUUGAAUAAAAAUUAAAGUGCACUGAAACCAUAUGGCUUGUGAUUUAAAAAAAAAAAGAAUGCAUUAUAAAAAAAACAACAACACACGUGUUGGUUAAAGAAAUGGAUGGAAUCCAAUUAGAAAUGAUUUGGCCUUGUACUGGUCCAACAUACAAGUCCAGGAAUAUUUCGAGGGCAAUAUAUUUUGAAAUGGGAGUCCAAUCGGAGAAAUGAAUGAUACCUUUUGUGGCUAAAAUGAUAAACAGAAUACUCAUUAGAAUCCUCAGAAUUAUACAUGGUCUAGAAGAGGGGGGCAUCUCUUGGUCUAAGUAACUGGUUGAAGUUACUUGGGGCAAAAUAGCUCAUGGUCUUUCUUUUUGUUGUUGUUGGAUAAUAAGACGUGUCCAGACUAAUGUCACCACUUUCAUAAACGUGUUAGUUGACGUUUUUGCUCCACCAGUUUCCUUUUUUAUCUUGUUUCCCUUUAAGUUCAUGUUUGCAGUUACGGGUCUUUGAUAGCUGAAGACCACAAGCAAGCCGCAGAGUGCUGACCCUGCUUUUACACUUUAAUAAUACGUAGUGUUUAUACCACAUGGCCCAGUGUUACUUUAGAUUAUUCAAGUGCCUUUGGUCAUUGGUGGCAGCAAGACUUAAUGGUUUUUAGCCAGUGGUGCCACAGCCAGAUUUUACUGUAAUGUCUAAAGGGUCAAGUAGAGUUUUUGUACCACUAUCAUUUCAAAUUUGGGUGUUCUGCGGUGGAGCGAUCUGUCCUGGGCUGGAACUUGACAUAUGUAAUACUCAAUAUUAAGGUCUAUCUCUGCUUGGUAGCUUCUUAGGAGAAUAAUGAGCUGCAGUUUUGACUCUUGUGUUCUUAGAAUUUAAAUGGCAUAGCUUUCUGAAAUGAUUUUUUUUUCCCCAAGCUUAAUAGUCCAUUGUAGGAGCUUUGUGACUUUAAUUUCAGUGUUUUUGUUAAAAAGAAUAUUUUAUAUAUACACAUAUAUAUAUGACUUUAUACCACUUUCCCAGUAAAGCAUCAUAUUCUUUUAGUCACUAGUCAACGGUAAUGCAUUGUUACAAACACUCACAUGAAUAAAUAAAAGUGAAUAAUUGGAAGAUGGAGAGUGUUCACUUAUAUUUGUGUGAUAGGAAGCUUAUCUAUAUUCUUCUGGUUAUUAGCUUCCACUGCCAAUUAUAUUUCACUUAUAUAGGGUUUCUCCUCAUCCGUUUCCCCUCUCCCCCCUCUAUUAACUUAGGCUAACUAGCACCUGAGGGGAAAAAUUUUGUAUUUGUACCACUUCACUUUGUAUAUAGUUUUAUAAUAAUUAAGAAAUCUAAUGGCCAUAUUAGAAUGUAAUUUCAGCAUACAGCUUAUCUAGAUAGUUUCCCAGAGGAUUUUGAAAUCAGACUUAGCUGGGAGGAUAACUUUCCUCGGCACAAAACUGAAAACAUAUUCACGGACACCAUGCAUUUAUUGUAACUGAGAUGCUUAAUAUUUUUUCUCUCAUGCCUUGUUGCUUUAGUACACUUGAACUCACAUAAAUGCUUCUUUGGAUUACCUGGGCAGUCUGACUUCAGUUUGGAUCUAAUUGCCCUUCCUGAAUACAAUGUUUUUUAUCGGAUUGACUGAAAAAUUCAUGCCAUUUCUAGUUUGUAAAAAUGAUGUAAAUCAUUAUUUUUGCCAAGUUUAGCAUAUGUUACAACUUCUAAAAUGUGAAGAAACAACUAAUAUAGUUGAUUAGCAUAUUAAUAGGAAAGUGGAAGUAUUUUAUGGGUACUUUGGGGCAGAAUGUGAAAAUGAACUUGGCAUGGUGGCCUUUAUGGUGAGGCAACCGUUUACUGUCCUCUAAAGUGAGUCUGUAGCUUAGCUUGUAGAUAGUUUUUGUAAGAAAUCCUGUGAUCGUUAUUCAUUCUUUUACCUUCUCAUAUCUCAAAUGGCACAAGUAGAGAGGGGAAGCCAGAAGGAAGUGUAUCACCUUGCUAUGCUUCCAAUGAAUUUUUAACUCUUGAGUGCCUAAACGUGGUGACUGGCACCUCAAAUAACCUUUUGAAAUUCCCGAUGUCAUUUUUUAUCCUUCCUGUCAACCAGCAACUUAUUUUUAUGUUAUGAUUGUUGAGGGCAAGCUUCAUUGUUGAUAGUGCAAAGUGUCGUUGGGGUGUGUAUUUAUUUUGUCCAAGUUUGAGUACCCUAUUGGGCAAGUGUAACUUAAGCCAGUGGCUGACACCUAUUGAUUUGCUAUGUGCAAAUCUGAAAACUCUUUAAUAAAAAAAUAAAAAAAAAAUUAAAAAUAUUUGAAUACAAAAAACUGAGCAAUUUUGAACUCAAAGUUUUUUGUUGUUUUAAGGGUUGCCACAGCACCCUUUAAAUUGUGUUUUUUAAUGGACAUAUAUUCAUAAUAUUUUAUCUGUGUGUAAAAUAUUUCUUGAUGGACUGUUAUGUCUUAAGUGCAUUAUAAGGCAAUUAUUUGUAAUGGAAGUGAAUUCUUUUGGACAGUUUGAUGUGCAUAUGAGUAAGAUUUACAAUCUGGUUGUACUUUGCUUUUUAAUUUAUUAACUGUAAAUAAAUUUUAGAGAAUACA